ACGAUGCUCUAUGGAGUGUUUAAGUGUCUUUCAGCUCUUUGUUUUGGUUUUACAGCUCACAAAUCACUGCUUUGUCUCACUUUUAGUGAUCUCAUGGCGUCGUUUACAGCCACAGCAGGCAGUCCACUACUUGCUCAGCACCACAAGACGGACACAGUUAGCUAAUAUUUCCCUGAGCAGGUGGUAGAGACCAAAAACAGAGGUUAAAGAGAGUGAAUAUUGGACUUCUACUCGUCAGGUGACUGAUAAUGUUGCUUUGUAGCACCUGGAUGUGUUACUUAACAAAAAGUUGCCUACAAGUUCACCCUAAAAGGUAAUAUGUCAAUGUUGUGCUUACAACUUGUUUCUGCUGCCCCCAAGUGGCCAAAAAACCCCCAGUAAUUUCAGGUUUAAGUUUGAUUAUUUGGUCAUGAAUAUUUAAUGUUACAGAGGAAUACUUAAUAUUUGAAAUGUAGUUUUUAAGUGGCUUGAAAAUUUAAAUUUUAAAAUGUUUAUAUGCUGUCUCCCCCCCACAGCAGCAGAGCUUACAUAAUGACCGGCAGUAACUGCAGCACCUCUGGUUAAAACCUCUCCCAGUCUGCACGCCAUGAAUAUCUCCAUCUCCUCCAUCCUGCUCAGUCUGGGAGGAAAAUGUCUGCUCAACUGGAGCAUGGUGUUUCUCCAGAGGAACCAUAUCUGCAAAAGUUUUCUUGGGGUUUUCAGUGUUUACCUUGCUGUUGCUGACACACUGCUAACCCUCUCUGUCACCACCUUUCACUUCCACGCUGAUGGAUACGUCCUCCUCCUGGGCUUCAAGCUGACCAGGUACCAUGUAUGUUUGCUGGUUCAAAUCCUCGGACAAGUCUACAGUGCUCUGCAGUGGCCUGUUGUAGUCGUGGCCGGUUUGGACCAUUACUUCACCAUCAGUCAGAGGCUGCAACCUAACAUCGCCAGGGCCAGAUGGGUUGUUUGCUUAUUUGUGACCUGCCUCCUGUGGUACCUCACUGCUCUCUACGUUUUCCUGUUGUCUGACUUCAUUCCUGUCAUGGAGGAUGUGUCUUACAACCUGAUACACCAAUGCUGGGUCUUCCACACCUCUCAGAUCCUGCAGGUUACAAUUUUUCUCCUCCUGGCUCUGGGCUGUGCAGCAUUGCAUGCUGGGCGCAGCGCAUGUUUAUUAAAAAAUCCUCCUCUGAGAGACCAAAUUACAGACCACAGUAGAGCUCACUCCAGAAGAAGUGUUGUUCACCAAGCCCUGCGUAUAUUUCUGGACACAUGGGCUUUAUUCAUGGCUAUUUUUCUGGCUGUGCUCCUCCUGUUACCUGUGGGAAUACCUGCAUACCUGGGGCUGAACGUUGCCUGGCUCUGCUUCCUCAACAGCCUCCUGAUAGCGUUCGUUUUAUGUGCAGUCUGUCCAGCCUCGCAGCUCGUGCAGGGCCUGGCAACAGUUCCACUCGACAGCUUCUGGAGGAAGAGACCUCUGUGGGUAAUUUGGCUCCAGGGUAAACCCUCCUGAACAAUGAACACUGAAGGAAUUCUACCCAGGAGAAGUUUCAGCUGGUUGCAGUGUGCUACAGUAUCUUCAUGGCUAGAUGCCACUAAAUCCUCCUAAGUCUCACACACUUCUCCUUAACUCUGGCCUGCAAAAUUAUUUUAUUUUUUCCCAUUUUUAUUUUCCACGGUACUUUUGAUUUUGAAAAGCAUUCAAUUUUGUUAGCAUGGCUGCAGAAUCAGAGCAUAAAAAUGCCUUUGAAAAUGUCAUAUUUAAUAUUUGUCACCAGUGGUGGUAGGUCAUUAAAUACAUUUUCUCUCAGGUGCUCUUCCUAAUUACAAUUUUGAGGUAUAAUUUUUUUUUUUUUUUGGCUACUUAGGCUAUUUCUACUCCACUUUAUUUCAGAGGCAAAUUUGGCACUUUUUAUGAUUUUUUUUUUUACUGCACUCCGUAUAUUUGAUAACUUUAGUUACUUUACAGAUUCAGAUUACGGAUACAAAAUAUAACCAUGAAAUAAAUUAUAUCAUUAUAUCAAUGUGAUUUUAUCCCCAGGGAAUAAUUCACAAGCUGCCCAGCAGUAUAAAAAGUAAUAUAUAAAUAUUAAAUAUAUUUGAAUAAAUAAAACAAAUUUGCCCAGCCUUUACAAACUGCAAUAUUAAAGUCAUGUUUACACAUUAAUUCAUCAAUAAUCAUCCAAUAAUU